UUAGCCUGCCUGUCUCUGUUUACCUCUCAGCCCAGCGCUGCUCUGCUGUGGCCAGCUGGACACUCACCACCAUCCUCAGCCUCAUCUUGCCUGUAAAUACCGAUGUAAGCUGCCUGGUCGCCAAUCCUUCGUGGAUUUCCUGCAUCGCUCUGUGCUGGUGACACUGUAGCAAAGUUGUGAUGAAUAAAGAAAUCAUGUCACGCGUGGUGAGGAAGAGGCAGGCGGAUCCUAAGGUGGUCCAGUAUGUGUGGGCGGCCAUCGAGGUCAUUCGCAACCAGAAACAAAUUGCUAACAUGGACAGGAUCUCCAAGUACCUGAGCCGUGUGUUUAGCAUGCACCCUAAGGAGACGGCCAGACAGCUGAGCUUAGCUGUGAAGGACGGCCUGGUGGUGGAGACCUUGACUGUCGGCUGCAAAGGCUCCAAGGCCGGUAUCGAGCAGGAGGGAUACUGGCUGCCCGGGGAUGAGAUGGAUCCAAAAGCCGAAGGAAGCAAGGAGUGGGAGACAGAGAGUCACGACUGGUACUGCUUCGAGUGUCACCUACCGGGCGACGUCCUCACGUGUGACAACUGCUUCCGGGUUUACCACCCCAAGUGUCUGACGGAGGAGUUCAAGCCCAGAGACGGAGGGUCUCACUGGCAGUGUGUCGUCUGCAAGGGAAGUAAAAAGAAGAACCUGAACAAACAGGAGAUGAGUAAAUAUCUGCGCUUCAUCGUGCAGCGUAUGAAGGAAAGGGCAGUGGACCUGAACAAGAAAGGCAAAGACACUAAACACCCCAUGUACAAACGGCUGAUCCACACCGCGCUGGACGUCUCGAACAUCCAGGAGAAUCUGUCUGAAGGAAAAUACAAAACCUUUGAGGAGUUCAAAGCAGACGCUCAGCUCAUCGUUCACAACACGGCCAUCUUAUAUGGAGUUCAAAGUGACCAGGCAGAGAUUGCACGGUUGCUCUUCAGUGACACAUGCCACGAGUUAAAUGAGCUGUUGUUGUGUAAGAACUGUUUCUACCUGUCAAACGCCCGGCCAGACAACUGGUUCUGUUACCCGUGUAGCCCCAGCCAUGAUUUGGUGUGGGCCAAGAUGAAGGGAUUCGGUUAUUGGCCGGCUAAAGUCCUUCAGAGGGAGGACAACCAGGUGGACGUACGCUUCUUCGGACACCAGCAUCAGAGGGCGUGGAUCCCCUCAGACAACAUCCAGGACAUCAGCGUCAGCGUCCAGCAGCUGCAGGUGAAGCGCAGCAAUGGCUGGAAGAAGGCGUGCGAGGAGCUGGAGGUCUACCAGCGCUUUCUGAGAGAGGGACGGUUCUGGAAAACAAAGAUGGAGGAGAGCACCAUGCCACACCAGCAGAGCCAGAGUCAGAGUCAAAGCCAGAGUCAGAGCCAGCGGCCGCAGCAGCAGGAGGGCAGCGGGAGGACGGAGAGGCUGGAGCGGACGGAUGAAGCCGAGUCCAGCAUCUCCUCCACCAGCAACGAGCAGGUCCGACAUCUCAAAGGCAGCCAGGAGCCCAAGGCGAAGAAAAGCCGUCGAUCUCAAAUGGUCGAGCCCAAAGAAGAAGCCAGCGACCCGGAGCCAGAGAUGGAGGCAGUCAGCUCCAGCCAGGAGAUCCCGGUGUCCUCGGCCCCUCAGCAGCCCGAGAAACUGUCAGUGUCCACGCAGACCAAGAAGGCAAACGGAGGGUCGCCUCGCACGCUGCACCGCGGCACUCAGACCAACAGUGACGGAGCCUGCCAGAACAUGUGCCACGAGAAAUACACGAAGGUCUUCAACGACGUUAAGGAGAUGAUGAAGGCCGACAACAAACGGGAGACAGAGCGGGUCGUCAGAGAGGCUCUGGAGAAGCUCCGUGCAGAGAUGGAGGAGGAGAAGCGUCAGGCGGUGAAUAAGGCGGUGGCCGGAGCUCAGGCGGAGAUGGAGAGGAAGUGUAAGCAGGUGAAGGAGAAGUGUAAAGAGGAGUUGGUGGAGGAGGUGAAGAAGCUGGUGGCUCAACACAAGCAGCUCAUCUCCCAAACCAAGAAGAAGCAGUGGUGCUAUAACUGCGAGGAGGAGGCCAUGUACCACUGCUGCUGGAACACCUCAUACUGCUCCAUCAAGUGUCAGCAGGAGCACUGGCACGCCGACCACAAACGGACCUGCCGCAGGAAGAGAUGAACAAGCCCCGCCCCCUCUCACCUUACACAGCCCACCAUUGGCUCUCUCCUCCUGUCAGUCAGUGUCUACAACACACAAUUACACACACAUAAACACACACACGUCCCUCCCGCUUCUCUACUUGCCUUCCUGAACACUUUGUGGACCCGAUAUUUUCUGCGUGAAAAGAGCAGUUUGUCCCCUUUUUUGUUUUUAUUUCUCUUUAUUUAAUGUAACCAUGUUUUGGGUCUUUCUUUCUAUAUUUUUAUUUUAUUUUUCCUCUGAAUUGUGAACAGAUUGCUCGGGAGCAUUUCUCGAAUGGUGUGAUUUUUUUGUGUGUGUGUGGUUUUUUUUUUCCUUUCUUUUUUUUGUUUUUCCUUACUGAAGUGCUAAUUUUGAGCUCGUGUCAGAGGAAUGUUAUUUAAGUGUUUAGUAACAGAUAAGCAUUAAUACUGAUGAGCGUUUUAUUACCUGAAUUUUUAGAAAAAUCACUUUUCUUACUGUAAAUGCAACAAAAACACAUGGUCGAUCUUAAAGAGAAAAAUGAAAACACAACAUGAGAACCAUCGCAGCAUUAAACUAGCUCUGCUUCCAUGGAGAAUUUAAAGGAGAAAAACAAGUAAAUUUGUUGAUAGCAAAUAUGGCUUACAGACGUUAAUAUAUUAUUUUGUAUGGUGGAUGGCACCUUUUAUCAUUUCUACCUAAAAUCUUAUAAUCCUCACAUCACUUAUUGGGAACAGGGUCACAGGUCGGCCUUAAAAAACGUCGACUAAAUAAAUCUUCCAUGUGAUGUUAUUGUAUGCACAUUUUCGGGGUGUUUUUCUUUAAAAUAGUCUGUGAUUUUUAUGAGAUGGAUAUAAAUUAAUUUGUAAUUUGUUCCAAAUUGGAGAAUUGUAUAGCAAUCUUGACUGAGCUGGAUCUGAGAGAGGUUCCUUGACUUGACAGUUUUUCCACUUUUUUGCACAUUUCAUUUUCUAAAAACCCAAAAUGCUUGUAAUAUUGCCAAAAAAUGUGACAUUUUGUUGAACUUAAUCAUAGACUGUAUCUAGGAAGUGAGCGUAACUCGUGCUAAUGCCUUGAAGCCUCACAUUUGACAUUUUGGCUGCUGCAUCUUGUGGUGCCAGAUGUGACCGUAUCUGGAAGAGGUUUCUCACCCGUUUCCUCACCGCUACCCUGAUGGAUGUUGGUAUUGUGGCAGCUUCUAGGUUUUUCCGUUUUAUCUUGUAUUUUGCUUUUAUUAUUACCACAAUUUCAGAAAUAAAAAUGGGCAAUUGGCAGCGGACCUGCUAAAAGCAAACAAAACCAUUACGGAAAUAUUCAAGAAUGUACGGAGGCCUUAAGUGGACAUGCAUCAUUUAAAAGCAAAAUUAUUUAACUACUCCACUUUCAAAUAGUUGCUUAAAGGUCACAUAUUUUACCCCUUUAAGACAAGUUUAUAUCGGUCUCAGAGGUCCCCAAAACAUGCCUGUGAAGUUUGUUGCUAAAAAAACUCUCCAGUAUUGGAUUUUUGCACGUCUAAACAUCCCUCUGUUUCAGCCCUGCUCAGAACGAGCUGUUUCUGUGGCUUUAAACUUUAAUGAGCUGUCUGACUCCACCCCUCGCAGGAAAUGGAUGUGGCUCUCCUUAAUAUUCAGAACAGAUUGCGAUGAAAUGUGAGGCUCUAUUAUCAGUGUUGUCUCACGUUUGGCAGCUUUGCCAUAUGCAGAAAGUCAUCCAUACCAAGUUAAGUGUAAUGUUUGCAUACUAAUAAAUCCACCUUAUGCCAAAGAAUCUCUCUUUCCUUGUAAGUCUUGAAGCUGGCUUUUUAAGUUUGAAUGCUUACAAACCUAUUUUAACUAGCAUUUUAUAAAUAAGCCUCUUUAAUGUAGCCAUGUAUCCACAGCCUAUCGGUAUCAUGACGACAGUUCGAUACACGUACAUGUACUCCAGAAAGAAACAGUUGGCAACAACUGGCUCUAGACACUAGCAGUCAUAUUAGAACAAAACCUGGCAAUGUCACAUAUUUUGUGAGUCAGCAUGGUUCUUUGGCUUCUUUUAACAUCUUUGCUACCCUCUGUUUGCCAACAAAUGCUCACUGCCUACGAUAAGAAGGUGUAAAUGCACUGUGUCUGCUUUACAACAGUACAGCUGCACUUAAAAACAUUUGGUAGACACCAAGGCGAACCUAUCCAAAUUCCUACAUAUUGUCUUUGUUUAUUAUUCUCAUCAUUUUGGGAGAACAGCUGUACUUUCCCCAGUGACACUGAGCUACUUCUUUGAGAUUUUAAGUUAAUAGCUGAUAUCCCAAGAUGUCAUAGUUUAGAUAUUGAGAAAAUGACUGCAAAUCCCUGCGUAUCACUUGAAAACUCAAUUAAAAUGAGUUCAUGCAUGUUCACUGAGGGCUUCCACACUAAUAUAACAAUGUUUGACUGUAUAGAGAUGGACGAUAUACCUCCUUUUACAAUUAGUUGGAUAGAAGUGAAGCCAAGAUACCCUUGUAAAGCUAACAUUUUGUUGAAUUUGGAGUAUGAGUAGUUCCCCCUUCAUUUCUCCAAAACGACAUGACUGACAGCGCUGCAGGAGUUGUAUUUGCCAGCAGAGCUGUCAAUCAUGUCGUUGGACUUCCUCUUUAGCUUGAAAUAACUUUGUAAAACUAAACUUCUCAACAGUGAAUACUGGAAAAUAAACAAUCAUUAAAAGAACUAGCUAUAAUGAUAGAAACCAUGUCAGAGUAGAGUUUAUUUUUAGUUUAUUUUGAUUUUGAAGCUUGCCAAGCAUCCCAUCUGUUUGCAUGGAGGGGGUGGAGCUACAUUGCAGCCUGCCAAGUAGGGGAAGAAAUGAUUGGCUUCCUGUUUUGGGCAGUUGAAGUGUUGUCCAUCUUUUUAAAUAGUCUAUCUGAAUAGUCCAAUAAGAACUUCCAUAAUGAGAUGUCUUUUGUUGCUGUCGCCCCCUGCUGGCCGCUAGCAGGUUUAAGGCAUUAGCUCUGUAGCUACGUCCAUGUCGUAUAUGCAGUCUUUAAUCCUACCUGAGAAGACCUGGUGAGUCGUCCCUCCCUCAUCGCCCUCCUAAAGCUAAAACAUGAUGUAUAUUUUUCCGAGCGUCGUCAGUGUCAUUUUUUAUAGUGUUGUACACUCAAAAAUCUUUCUUUUUUUAUCCUGAAGUGACUAGCUUUGAGACUUUCACUGCUUUUGCUGUAGUUGGUGGUCAGUGCCUGUUUUUGUUUUUUAUUUUUCUCAUCCUCCUCCUCCUCCUCCCCGCAUGUCAAUAGAUUCAUAGUUCGUCUCUUUUCCAUUCAUUACGGUAAAAACAAACAAAAAAAGAAGAAGCUCGAGGAGGCCAGACGUUGGCUAGUGUCUGAUUAACAGUGACGACGACGGAUGGACCAAUAUAAACCAUUAUGCAAAUGUGAAUGAUCAAACAACCUUUUCUAGAGUUUUCCUUGCGCUGGAUGUCGAGUGUGUGUCGUGUAUAAAUAUGGUGCUUGGAAUCCUUUAUGUGUGUUUCAGAUGGGCAAUAAAAUUGCCAGUUUGUUGUUUUCUUUGGGAAGUGUGACACUUUUAAACUUUGACUGUUUCCUCAGUUAUGAAGAUUAACUGAACAGAGGAAAAUAAUCCAGUUACUCUGUAUAGACGCAUCGCUUUUUUCUUUAUUUUUUUAACACAGAUUGCUGUUAAUCAGUUUGUGUAUCUGUGAAAAUGUGACAAAUAAAAUACCGUAAAUUCUCACGUAGAGGGGCAGAACUUUUUAUUCACCUAAAGUAAAGAGAGAACCGGGACUUUAUUUCUUUUUUUAUCCUGUUAGUCAUAAAGAUGUCUGGCUGUUUUUAUGCUUUAAAUGACAAAUCAGGACUUCCUUCCUUCCUUUAACAUUUCUAGUUGAUGGUCUACAAUUCAAACUUCAUGUUUACUGUAUUGACUUUAUAUUAAAUACUUUGUUUUUUGCUAUUAGCAAACAAGAAAUCAAUUUAUUUCACCUGUUUUUUUUAACUGGAAGACAGUAAUACAUCUAUCAGGUAGAGAUGUUUGGAGGCCAAAUACAGAGAUAAAUGAAAAAAACAUCCUAAAACAUUUUGUAAAGAUUUCAUCUUUUUGUAAUUUAUCUUCCCUGGCUGCCAAGUCUUAAGCCAUGCACUGCACUCUGAUUAAACCCACCAAAAGAUGUUUAAAAUCUUAAAUGAUUUAGAAACGUUAGAGACCCAACUGGACAACAUAUAAUGACAGAUUAACAAAUUUUGUUUUCAUAGUGUGUAGUGUGCAAAAAGAUUACCAACACAGCACACUAUGACCAGAGUCUGCACUCUAAAAACUUUGGUUGUGAUUGGGGAAAUGAAAGAAAUAGGGGCAGGAUCUGUUAUUAAAGAGGUGGUAGUGGGUUUUAAAGGCUGGGCUGACAACCACUCUCAUAUAAGACAUGAUGUUUAAGCACUCGUGUUGUCACCACUGAUCAAGAAGUUGCUCCCCCACUUCUGCCGUCCAUCUACCUUUGCUUUAGUUCACUUUUAUGGCUGAGUUUGUUGUGCUUCCUCACUUAGUCGGCAUGCUUCCUGAUUGGUUAUUGUUCUGUUCCAUGUGACAGUCCAUUGAAAGCAUGCUCAGCUGUCUUCAGUGUUCCCACCACACAACAGGAUUUAUCAUACUAAAUACUGUGAAUCUUUAGUUUAAUUCUCUGGUAGUAUCCAAACAGGUAAAUUUGUGGUGCAUACAGGUGUUCAAAAGCUAUUUUGAUGUGAAAUCAGAGUGGCUCUAACGGUCUCAUCUGAAACUAAGAUAAAAAAAAAAAAAAUAGAUGCCAAAAUUAACACUGAUCAGAUCAUUUAAAUCAGGUUAAAAAUCAGCAUGAUUUUCUUGUGAGGCAUGCAGUGGUUUUUAUCAGUGGUGUAAUCUCAGCAUCCACCACCUGCUCUUUCAUGAGAAACUGCAACCAAAUAUGUGAUAUUUUCCAACCAAUCAGAUUUACUUAACAAAAAUUGCACCUUCAGACAGUACAGAGUGUAACAGAACAAAAAGAGAACAAAUCAAACAAGGUUAAAAGUGUCUUAUAGACUUCCUGACAUUUUCAAAUAGUUUUUUUUGUAUCUGAAACUAUGA